UAAAGUAACUUUUAAAAGAUAAAUGGGACAGAAGUGAUUAAUGGCUCUAAAAACGAAAAUAAAAAGUUAAAAGAUCCAAUAUUUCAUAUUCUAAAAAGUUUGUACAAAACAUCGAAGUAAUAAAGUACAAAUUAUCAACACUUCAUUGAAUCAAGAGUGAAUAUAAAGCAAAAAUGGCAAACAAAACCUACAAUGAUCUGUUGUGUGAAACAUCUGAGUUGAUAGGCGAAGCCACUCAAGCGGAUGAAGCGCUUUUCGAAACCGGCACCGCAGAACGAUCGAUGCUGCAGCCGCUGCUUUUAGAAUUACGUGUGAGAUACGCAGUGUUACUCGCGAGAUUAGACGCGGUGUAUGAUCAGAUAUUGCAGCCACAGAAGCGCUUAAUUGUGAAGAGAUUACUGGAGGCUUGUCUGGGGAGACUGAUGGAAAUCAAACACGAUUUGGUGGAACUGCAUUUGACGGAUUUCACUUUUGAUGAUGACGAGGCUCUAAAAAAAUUACAAGUAACACCACACGAAGCAGAGCCCUGUAUACCGCAAUACUUCAUAAGAGAGAGAGAAGCUGAGAUACAUUAUAGACGGGAGUUCAUCAAUAACACCCUGAGGAAGUUGGGACAUGAGCCUCCGAAGCCCCAAGUUUUGGUCCUCACUGAACAGCAGGCAGUGCUCGUCAUUCAAAGCCAUGAGAGAGCUAGACAAGGGAGGUUGAGAGGUCAAUUUAUGAAAGAAAUUCGUCUACUAAAAGAGAAAGGGAGGGACCAGAAAGGCGAAAUGACGCCAGCGGCAGCCACAGCGAUACAAAAAGUAUGGAGAGGGUUCAUCGCUAGAAGAGCUACAAGGCGGAGGAAGAGAGAUGAACAAUUGCUUAUUGGAAUGGAGCUUCCUCCAUAUAUGGAGUCUGUUGAAAUAAAAAGGGCCGAGGAAGUGAAGGAGUACAGGCGAAAUCUUCAAUUGCAACGUGAUGAGGAAUACAAGGAAGCGUUGGUUUCCAUAGAACAGCAGCUCAGAACUCAACACGGAGUAAGGAUUAACGAGCAAAUCGGCGACGAACUCAGGAGGUGGAUAAAGGAAUACUACGAAAGGACUGGCAAGUUCCCGGAAUUACCGUCUGAGGAGGCUGGAGGGAGCAGAACUAUGUAUAGUAGGCAAGGAACUAACGUUGAUAGUGAAUUGAGUAAAUCGUCGCCCGUAUCGUCUAGAGAUUCGAAAAGAAGCAAAGACAGUAAAGACAAAAAAAGCAGUAAAACAGAAGAAAACAAGAACAAAGAAGAAGUAGACGACUUACAGACUUAUAAGUGUCGUAAUUCUGCAUUUUUGCAGGACAUGGUCAAUGCUAAUGAAGAAUUUGAGGAUAUCUGGAAAUUCAAACCUGACGCUGAUGAUACCCAUGAAAGAUAUCACAAAGAUAUGAUCGAGAGGGAAAAGAUGGUUAAAAUAGAACAAGAAAUAAGAAACGUAGUUGAUGAAAUGAUGAGGAGUGAGUUAGAACUAUUGCAAGCAGCGUUUGACAGAGAUCGUGCUCAUAAAGGGAAGAAAGCAAAGAAGCCCCAGAAAAAAGUUCGUCGUGGCGGUAAAAAAAGUAAGAAGAAGAAGGAAAAAGACUUAACACCAGACCGAACCACUGAAUCACUAUUUGAAGAACUAGUCACUAAUGGAAUUAUCAAACCUUACCCAAUUGUGAAGAUCGAUGAUUUUAUCGGCGAGAAGUGCUAUGUAGGAGGAGAAUGGAGGAACCAAGGGAAGGAAGCUGCUCCUUGCUUGGGUGAUAUCCGUCAGCUGGUUAAAGAGUACUGCAUUUUGCCUCUAGGUUCGGAACACGUUAGGGCCCAAGCGCCUUUGGUGCGAUCUGUUCUUAUAACAGGUCCCUCUGGUAGUGGCAAGAAACUUUUGAUUCACGCAAUCUGUAGCGAGGUUGGUGGUACGCUCUUUGACCUCACACCAGCUAAUAUCGUAGGCAAAUAUCCAGGAAAAACUGGACUGAUCAUGUUGAUACAUCUGGUUAUGAAAGUAUCAAGGCUACUACAACCAUCUGUUAUCUGGAUGGACGAAGCAGAGAAACCGUUUGUAAAGAAGAUUCCAAAGACAGACAAAACUGAUCCUAAGAGGUUGAAAAAAGAUUUAAUUAAAAUUAUAAAAGGUAUUUGUCCCGAAGACCGGGUUCUCUUCGUAGGCACGUCAAGAAGUCCAUGGGAUGCUGAACAGAAACUGCUCUUUCAAUGCUACCAGAAAGUGAUUCAAAUACCGCGAGCUGAUUACGGCAGCAUUUCAUUGUUAUGGAGGAUGAAACUCCACAGAGCUGGUGCAAUGUCUCCAAGGCUUGAAAUAUCUUGCUUGUCAAGAGUAUCUGACUCUUAUACAAUUGGUACGUUACUAGAAGCGCUGGAUGCUGUGUUGACCACUAAAAGGAGGUUGCAGCUGCGAGUGAGAGCGUUGACAGCGCAAGAAAUAGCAGUACAGCUUAGUUCGAAAGAGCCUGUUUAUGCUGAGCAGGAUGCUCUAGCAGAAGCAUGGUGGUAUAAAACACCAUUAGAAAGAAGACGACAGAAGGCGUUGCAGCGCCUCCAAGAACUGCAGAUGGAAGCAGAUGAAAGAGCUGCAGCUAAAUGA